CCUAUUUCUAGGGUUUUAAGCCUCACCCAAACCGCCUCAGCCGCUCCCCUCUCCCCUUCGACAACAGCAGCGCCGCCGCCGCCGCAGGAGCCGCAUCGCCGGGGGUUCGCCGGAGGGAGGGAGUAGCCAUGGAUCGGUACCAGCGGGUGGAGAAGCCGCGGCCCGAGGCCGCCGUCAUCAGCGAGAACGAAAUCCGCAUCACCACCCAGGGCCUCAUCCGCAACUACGUCACCUACGCCACCUCCCUCCUCCAGCAGGAAAAGCGCGUGAAAGAAAUAGUGUUGAAGGCUAUGGGACAGGCUAUCAGCAAGACAGUGGCUAUUGCUGAGAUCAUAAAGAAACGGAUCCCUGGGUUGCAUCAAGAUACAUCAAUUAGUUCAGUCAGUAUUACUGAUGUAUGGGAACCCAUUGAGGAAGGCCUUGUACCAUUGGAGAUGACUCGUCAUGUUUCAAUGAUAUCAAUUUCCCUGUCACCGAAGGAGCUUAACAAGAGUUCAGCUGGGUAUCAAGCUCCCUUGCAUGCAGAGCCAAUUAAGCCACAAAGAUACCAACAAACCCAGCAAUAUCAACAACAACAGCACCAGUCUAGGCCAAGCCAAGUUCAAACAGAUUCAUAUGGGCGCGGCCGUGGUAGAGGCAGAGGAAGAGGAAGGGGUUGGGGUGGUAGGGGAGGCUAUGGUGGAGGGUAUGGUGGAUAUGAUAACAACCAAGGAGGUUAUGGUGGAUAUGGACACCAGGGUGGAUAUGGACACCAAGGGGGGUAUGGCAACCAGGGAGGAUAUGGCCACAAUCAAGGUGGUUAUGGAGGGUAUGGUUACAACCAAGGUGGAUAUGGAGGAUAUGAAAAUGGUGGCUGGAACUACAACCGGAACAGAGGUGGUGGUGGUGGCGGGGGCCGUGGAAGAGGCAACUGGGGAUAUGGUGGUCCAGGAGGAUAUGAACGUUCAGGUCCGGCAUAUGAACGUGGUGGCAGAGGUGGAGGUAGCCCAGGCGGCAGAGGCUAUGCCCGGGGCCGUGGACGAAUGGGCGGUGGCCGUGGGCGAGGCAACCAAAACUAUUAGAUCGACUUUAGUUGGAUGUGCCAGCCCGGUCGUUGGGUGCUGUAUGAAGAACAAAAACUGUGGAUGCGUUCUCCAUAGGACGGAACCCUAGCUGUUUCUUUGUGAUCAAUCGACUAGUCUUCCCAGCUUUUCGCUAUAAUCAUCAAUGGUGUCUGCCAUUGCUUCGAUUCUGUGGGAUUUUGACAAGAAUGUUAAGUUUUACCUUGGACAUAUUUUCCUGUAUUUAAGAGUGCAUUUUUGAAUAGCUUGUCUAUCUUCCUCCA